AAGUGUUCUAAUCUGAACAUUCUUCUUCAUAUCACAAGGGGAAAACCAUUUGGUAGCCAUUACUGCACUGCAAUAAGAUCGCUGGAAAUGGGGUAUUAUGCUGCUCUUGCUUCUCUUGUGCACUUACUCGAGGAAAUAGUCCAUCGUGAUCGAUACCCAAAUAUCCUCCUUGGUAAACAUCCAAUUGUAAAAUCACUUCUCGAAAAAUUCAGUCUUCUUGAAGCAUCAUUGCAAGAUUAUUCAUCCGAAGGCGACGAAGUUAGUGACCGCGUGGAAGCUCACAUAAGAGAAGUGGCAUAUCGAGCGCAGGAUGUUAUUGAAUCUAAUAUCACAGGUCACAUAGAUUUCAGAUCAGAUGUAACAAUAAAAAAAAUUUAUCCUCUGAUUUUUUGUUGCCAAGAUUUGUUUUGGCAUCUGAGAACUGAGGAGUGUAAUGAAAAUCUGCGUGACGUGGAGCAAAAAGUUGAUUAUGUUGUCGACGAGCUGAAGAUGGCUGUAGCCGAGGAAAGGCAACAAAUAAGUCGAAAUUUGCAGAUUCGUGGGUGUUCUACUGUUCUUGGUGUUGCUAAACUCCCAAAAGGCCGUAGUCGAAGAGAUGAUGUUAUGGUGGGAUUCGAUGAAUAUCUGACCAUAAUUAAGGACCAGCUCUGCGGACAUUCGUCGCAACUUCAAGUCAUUCCCGUCGUUGGAAUGGGUGGAAUAGGCAAGACCACUUUGGCUCGAGCUGCUUUUGAUGAUCCGCGAUCUGUGUAUCAUUUUGAUCGUCGUGCUUGGGUAACUGUAACUCAAGAUUAUGAUGUGAUCGGAGUUCUUUGUAGCAUCUUAAAAAAUAUGGGUGUUAAUAUUGACGGCUUUCAUGGAGAGGACGAGGAUUUUUUAAAGGAGCAUAUAUACAAGCACUUAAUAGGUCGAAGAUAUCUCUUAGUAAUAGAUGAUGUAUGGAGUACGGAAGUUUGGGAUGAUACAAAGAAUGCAUUCCCAAAUGUCUCCGAUGGAAGUCGCAUCUUGUUAACUACUAGAUUAUCGGAUGUCGCUCAUUAUGUACGCAGCUCCGAGUUUCUUCAUGAGAUGCAAUUCUUGGAUGUUGAUACAAGUUGGAAUUUACUUCGGGAGAAAGUGUUUGCGCAAGAACAAUGUCCUCUAGAAUUGGAAGAGGUUGGAAAGUUUAUAGCGAGUAAAUGUCGCGGGCUUCCUCUCGCAAUCGUAGUAAUUGCCGGUGUUCUUUCAGAUGUCCGAACACUACAUCAUUGGGAAGAGGUUGCUCGGAAUGUGAAUUCUUUCUUGAAUAAAUCCGGCGACGAAAACUUGUCCAAUAUUCUAUCUUUAAGCUACAAUCAACUGUCGCAUUUGCUCAAAGCUUGCUUUUUGUACCUCGGAAGUUUUCCUGAAGACUAUGAAAUCAAUGUUUGUAGGCUCACGAGGUUGUGGGUUGCUGAGGGGUUCUUGAAAUCUGUCGAAAGUUCCAAAACAUUAGAGCAAGUGGCCGAGGAAUGUCUAGAGGAUCUAGUGAAGAGAAAUCUUGUUCUUGUCUUAAAGAAAAGCGCGAUCGGACGAUUCAAGUACUGCAUGAUGCACGAUCUUUUGAGAGAUUUCUGUCGACAAAGAGCUGUACAAGAAUGUUUCUUUCACGGAUUAGAUUGGAAAAAAUGCUUCGAUUGGUACGAGGAAUCCAUACGCCAAAACACGGAAGUGUAUGAUUUUCACAAGCCGUGGUUGGACUAUGGUGCUCGCAACCGUGUCCGGACAAUCCUAUGGUUUAGCAGAGCAUUCAUCGACAAUGGCUUCCUCUUCGGAUGUCUUAGCUUCCGACUGCUGAAAAUAUUGGAUGUAUCCGAUGCAGAGCUUAGUUCUGUCCCACAGGCAGUCUCGUCGAUGUUCCAUCUUAGAUACAUUGCUGUGAAACGAGCUGGGAGACAACGAUUCCACCUUCGUCGCAUAUUCAAGCUUUGGAAUCUCCAAACGAUUGUUAUUCUUGAUCACUGCUCGAAAUUGCCAACUGAAUUUUGGCAGAAGCUGCAACUAAGGCAUGUUAUAUCCACGAAGACGAUGAUAUUGCCGCCUAUUCCUAAGUUUACGCCUGUUUUGAUACUUGAACACCUACAGACGCUCGAGACAGUAAAGGAUUUCGUAUACACCAAAAAGGCUGUAGAAAUUAUUCCGAACCUCAGAAAAUUGAAAAUGAUCAUCACUGAUGGAGGAGAUGAAUUCUGGAAGAAGUAUUGCCUCGGCAAUCUUGUCCAUCUGACCCUACUCGAGGAGCUGAAGAUCUGUUUCGAUGAUCAUUUCAAACGUGGUCGUACUUCAUUGAAGGAUAACAUUGUCUUCCCAUUGAAUCUUAAGAAAUUAUCUCUGUCUGGUUGCAGAAUCUCGUGGAAUAAAAUGACAGCAGUCGGCUCCCUUCCGAGUCUGCAAGUUCUCAGGAUAAACGACGAUGCAUUUACCGGACAAGAAUGGGAACCGAUAGAAGGUGAAUUUCGGCAGCUCAAGUUCUUGCUCAUGAAAGGGUUAGAUCUCAAGAUUUGGAGAGCUGAUAACACACAUUUCCCACUCCUUCGACGCCUUAAAAUCAUCAAGUGCAUAUAUUUAGAGGAGAUUCCCAUGGAAAUCGGGGAGAUUUCGCUGCUCGAAUCCAUUACUGUAUAUGAUUGCAGCAGGGAGGCAGAAGACUCUGCUAAGCUUAUUCUAGAAGAACAACAAAGCCUGGGAAAUGAUAUGCUUCAAGUUCUUGUUAACAAUAAGCUUUCGAUAUGAAGUUGGAGCUAAGCCUGUAGUAAGUUUAUAAUGAAAAUUUUAACUGUCUUUAUGUGUGCCUACGCCGAAGAGCUUUAGAUUCUUUGGAAUUUUGUCGAGCAAUGCAAAAUAUAAGAUCGAAGAAUUGAGCCGAUA